AUGAACCCCACGGUGCUUCAUACUACACAAUCUUGAAAGCUUCACUUCUCGAAACUUAUCACAAACUAUAGUCAACCAAGCAUUAAAGACACUCGACAUCAGACACAAUGGCGUCCCAGAACUCAGACAUCCACCUCUACACUGCCCAGACUCCCAAUGGCAUCAAGGUCUCCAUUCUCCUUGAGGAGCUUGGUGUGCCUUACAAGGUAACCGCAAUCGACAUCUCCAAAGAUGUCCAAAAGGAGCCAUGGUUCCUUGAGAUCAACCCCAACGGCCGCAUCCCGGCUCUGACCGACAAGCUCGAGGACGGCACGCCCAUCGCGCUGUUCGAGUCUGGCGCCAUCAUGCAGUACCUUGUCGAGCGCUACGAUAAAGACCACAAGGUCUCGUACCCGCAGGGCAGCAAGGAGUACUACCAGACCCAGAGCUGGCUCUUCUGGCAGAUGGGCGGUCUGGGCCCCAUGCAAGGGCAGGCUAACCACUUUACGCGGUACGCGCCCGAGAAGAUCGAGUAUGGAAUCAACAGAUACCAGAACGAGACGAGGAGAUUGUACAGGGUUAUGGAUGCGCAGUUGGCGAAGAACGAGUACUUGGUGGGAGAUAGGCCUACUAUUGCGGACUUCUCGUGCUGGGGGUGGGUUGCUGCUCACGGCUGGUGCGGCAUCAAGAACUUCGAGGCUCAAUUUCCCCACCUCAACGCCUGGCUCAACAGACUCCUCGAGCGCCCCGGCCUCGAGAAGGGCAGGCAUGUGCCCAGCAAGCACACGGCGCUGGAGCUCAACAAGUUGAGCGAGGAGGAGCUGGAAGCCAAGGCGGUCUCUUCCAGGGCGUGGGUGCAGAAGGGCAUGGCUGAGGAUGCGAAGAAGUAAGGCAAACGGUGGGGAACGAGCUAUGAGCUAGAGCCAUGAGCACUGUUGUUGCUUGUGAUGCAGCGCUGUCAGGUAGCGAGACAGAUAAUGAACAUCGAAACUGACGAGAAAUUUCU